AUGCCACGCAAGGACGGCUACCAGGCUUGUCGGGAGAUCCGACAAUGGGAGAGGGAGAAGGGGUUCAAAAAACUACCUAUCAUUGCGCUCUCGGCCAACGUCAUGUCUGACGUUCAGGACAAGUGCGUUGCGGCCGGGUUCAGCGACUACGUCACGAAACCUGUCGACUUUAUCGAUCUCAGCAGAGCGAUGUCCAAGUUCUUCUGA